AUGGCUCUUCCAACUAUCAAUAUCGAGCAAGUGAAAACUUUUGUAGAUACCGCAAUUGAGGGACUACAACAGGAGUUGCGGGAAUUGAACAAUCAAAUCUGGUCGAACCCUGAGCUUGCUUACCAGGAGCACCAUGCCCACGAUACGAUUUGUGAUUUUCUCGAGGGACAAGGUUUCACCGUUACUCGCCACGCCUAUGGACUUGAUACUUCUUUUGAGGCUUUGAGUGGAACUGGGGGGCGAUUGAUCAAUUUUAACGCAGAAUAUGACGCAUUGCCUGGAAUGGGUCAUGCCUGUGGUCACAACCUGAUAGCGACCAGCAGUGUCGCUGCCUUUCUCGCACUGUCGUUUGCCUUGAGUAAAUUUAACAUAUCUGGCAGAGCUCAGCUGUUAGGUACUCCGGCCGAGGAAAAUGGGGGUGGAAAGGCCAAACUGAUUGAUGCUGGCGCUUAUAGAAAUGUCGAAAUUUCCCUAAUGGCUCAUCCUGGACCCAAACCGCUUUAUCUGGACGGGGAGCAAACCGAUGGUGUAGCUGGAAUACUUAUGAAUGCACGCAAGAAUAUUCACUGUGAAUUCACGGGUAGGAAUGCUCACGCCGGCGGAAACCCCUGGGAAGGGAUCAAUGCGCUUGACGCUCUAGUCUCAUCUUACAAUAAUGUUGCGGUCCUUCGACAGCAGCUUCUUCCAGAUCAGCGUGUUCAUUGUGCUUUCUUGGACACACCCAAGGUAGCUAACGUGAUCCCAGAUUAUACAAAAGCUUUCUGGCAGGUGCGCAGCCCUACUUUGAAGGGAUUGAAUACCCUUGUCGGUAAAGUACGCAAUUGCAUUGAAGCUGGUGCUCUGGCAACUGGGUGUCAAGUCAAGAUUGAUGAGGAUGAACUGUAUACCGAUAUCCGAUUGAAUGACACUCUCUGUGAACGCUACCAUAUUCAUAUGGGACGGUAUGAUCGCAAUGUUCUCAAGCGCCAUAACAAGGUCCUAACAGGAUCAUCGGACAUUGGCAAUGUUAGCUACGAGACCCCCACACUUCAUACAAUGUUCGGGAUUCCUUCCCCUCCAUCUUCAUUCCCACAUCACCCGACGUUUGCAGCAGCAGCGGGAACAGAUGAAGCUCAUACUGAGGCAUUGAUUGUUGGAAAGUCUUUGGCAUUGAUCGGGUGGGAUAUGAUUACGGAGAACGAUAUGUAUGAUGUGGCUCGGCGUCAAUGGACAGAUGAGAUUGCACGUGAGGAGUAG